UCCACCCUACGAGCAGCUUAAGCUCUGCUUCCUCUCAGAGCAGUAUCACACCGGUUCUGGGAGUCCCAGCCUGGUCGCGCCGGGCUCGGGUUCCGCGGAUCCCCCUCCCGAUAGCGCUUGGUAGCACCCGCUUUGUCAGCGCGCUGCGCUCGCGGGUUACCCUCCGGCUCUCGCCGGCCGGCGGCAGACAGCUAGUCAGCGGCCGCAGCUGCCGCCGCUCCAGCCUCUUCAUCUCUGGCUCGCCUGCUCAGGACUCUCCCCCGGGCCGCCGCUGGGCGAGAAGGAGCCCGGGAGCCGCCGUCUGGACGGGCUUGAGAGUCUGCUCGGCUCGCCCGCCUCGCCCGGGCCCCGCGGGUCGGUCGGGCACGCGAGGGGCCGCGGCGGUUGUGGCGGCGGCGCCCGGCAUGUAUCAGAGCCCGCGGCGGCUCUGCUCCGCCCUGCUGCAGAGGGACGCGCCCGGCCUGUGUCGCCCGCCCGGCCCGCGACCGCGCCUUCGCUCGCCCCCGCCCGCGACCGCCCCCCGGCCCGCGUCCCCCCGGCUACUGGCGGCGGCCUCAGCGGCCCGCGGCGUCGCGAGGUGCUGCUCCCGAACAGUGUAUUCCAUGGGAAACGGUACGAGCAGACUCUAUAGUGCUCUCGCCAAGACACUGAACAGCAGCGCCGCCUCCCAGCACCCAGAGUAUUUGGUGGCACCUGACCCAGAACAUCUGGAGCCCAUUGAUCCUAAAGAGCUCCUCGAGGAAUGCAGGGCUGUCCUGCACACUCGCCCUCCCCGCUUCCAGAGGGAUUUUGUGGAUCUGAGGGCAGACUGCCCCAGUAGCCACCACCCACCUAUUAGGGUCAUGCAGUGGAACAUCCUCGCCCAAGCUCUUGGAGAAGGCAAAGACAACUUUGUCCAGUGCCCUAUCGAAGCACUCAAGUGGGAAGAAAGGAAGUGUCUCAUCCUGGAAGAAAUCCUAGCCUACCAGCCUGAUAUCCUGUGCCUCCAAGAGGUGGACCACUAUUUUGACACCUUCCACCCACUUCUCAGUAGACUGGGCUAUCAAGGCACAUUCUUCCCCAAGCCUUGGUCACCGUGUCUAGACGUAGAACACAACAACGGGCCGGAUGGCUGUGCCCUGUUUUUUCUUCAGAACCGAUUCAAGCUGGUCAACAGUGCCAACAUCAGGCUGACAGCCAUGACUCUGAAAACCAAUCAGGUGGCCAUCGCCCAGACGCUGGAGUGCAAGGAGUCCAGCCGACAGUUCUGCAUCGCCGUCACCCACUUAAAAGCACGUACUGGCUGGGAGCGAUUUCGAUCAGCUCAAGGCUGUGACCUUCUCCAGAACCUGCAGAACAUCACCCAAGGAGCCAAGAUUCCCCUUAUUGUUUGUGGGGACUUCAAUGCAGAGCCCACGGAGGAGGUCUACAAACACUUUGCUUCCUCCAGCCUCAACCUGAACAGCGCCUACAAGCUGCUGAGUGCUGACGGGCAGUCGGAGCCCCCGUACACGACCUGGAAGAUCCGGACCUCGGGGGAGUGCCGCCACACCCUGGACUACAUCUGGUAUUCCAAGCAUGCUCUCAGUGUGUGCUCGGCUCUGGAUUUGCUCACUGAGGAACAGAUCGGACCCAACCGCCUACCAUCCUUCAAUUACCCUUCAGACCACCUGUCUCUAGUGUGUGACUUCAGCUUUAAUGAGGAACCUUGAUGGACUUUUAUAAGUGCUUGUCUUUUUAAUCACAGGAGUUUUAACCAGGGAUGUUUCAGGAAACUGAAGUAGGAUAAGAAGUUGACCAAGGAAGGAUUCCCAGUUUCCCCAGCUUCACUUUCCGUGUUUCCAGCAUGCCCUCGGGAAGGAACCCCAUAGCUCACAACCCCUUUCCAUUAAAACCUACGGCAAAAAAGGUGUUUGCACUCCAGUUUUGGUUUGUACUGUUUUCUUCCCUGUAGCAUUUUCUUGAUCAUUUAAGGGCAUUAUGUUAGGCUUGUUUUGAAGCUUUUUCAGUUGAGGAUGCUAUAUAAAAAUAGACUUGCUUGAGUCCUCCAUAACUAACAAUAAGUAUGCAGGAGUAGUUUCUGUAGACACCACUGCAAGUUAUUUAUUUGUGGUUUUUUAAAUGUCAGCAAGUUAUGCAUGGCAAUAUUUAUUUUUUAUAUCUUCAUGUAAAAUUAAGUAAAUUAAAGCAGUAUGAACAUUUUAAAACCAUGCAAAACAUUAAGUUAUAGAGUAAUUUAUAGAAAUUUUCUUAAAGCUUUAAAGAUGUUUUUACUUAGGGUCUAACAAUCGUAGUGUACAAAGAAACUGUUUAACCUAGAGGGGUUUUUGUUAUUUAAAUGGAGUAUCAGUUCUCCUUGAUAGGUUCUUCAUGAAUCCUUGCUUUGCCUCCAUGUUCCCUAUUACUGUGUUUCUUUAAGUGAGUCCACUGCCAGUCUUCAUUAUUUAAUCAGUGUUAUACAUUUCCAGUUUUCCAUCAGAAUGGUUGUGGUGUGUGUUUGAGGUCACUUAGUGCCAUUAUUUGUAAUGGUAUGUGCUUUUCACAGUAGGUUAUUUGGGAGCUUUUAUGUGGCAGUGGCUAAAAAGUCGGGACCUUUUCAGAGAUGGGAAACUAUUUCUAGCCUGUUAAUGAGGUUGUCGUUAAAAUUUACUAAGUUUACUGGUUCAAAAAUUCUAGAAAGAAGGAUAUAAAGUUAGAAAAACAGCCCAGAAUUCUCUUCCAUCAGAAAUCAAAAUGGUAUAGGUAACAGGUAAAGCCCCUUUCAAACAAAAUCACCCAAAAUAGCCUAAUGGUAAUAAAUUAAAAGUAUUUUAAUCCAUGAGUUGUAAAUAUUCAAGAUUAAUAAAUGGUCUUUCAAAGCUA